AUCUCUUUCACUACAUAGGUGCCAGGUCCUGGAGGGUUUGUGGGCUGUGUGAGGGACCUGGAGCUGAAUGAGGAGAGCAUAGACAAUCCCUCAACAAGCCUGGGGGUUGUUCCUUGCUUCCAGACCACUCUGCAGCCUGGGGCAUACUUCUCCUCCCAGGGAGGACACAUGGCUAUAGAUGAAGGCCUGGUGUUAGGGCGGGACCUAGAGGUCCAGCUGGAGGUACGGCUGGUGUCUGACUCUGGUCUCCUGCUGCAUGCUGGGUCUGGACAACAGCUCAGUCUCUACCUCAACCAGGGAGAGGUGACAGUCACAGUGAACAGUGGUCGCGGAAAACUCUUCUCCACCUCUUUCACACCAGAGGAAUCCCUGUGUGACGGACGCUGGCACAGUAUCACAGUCAUGAAGAAGAGCAACGUGCUGCAGCUCCAUGUGGAUGCAGCCAGUGAACACAGUGUGGGGCCCAAGAAGGGCCGAUCCUCAGGGGCCAAGGAGACUGUGUACCUGGGAGGAGUACCAGAUGGCGAUGAUGUGCCGGGCCUCCCCGCUGCCCUGCCUUCCUUCCAUGGUUGUGUUCGGAGAGCAGUCCUGAACCAGCGACCAGCCGUGCUGUCUAAACCCCUGUUAGUACACGGAGCUGUGGGCACACAGGGCUGUCCAGCCAUGUAGACCUCUUUUGGCCUUGUUCCCCCUGGUUUAGCCCUGUUACACCCGGUUUAGCCCUGUUACACCUGGUUUAACCCUGUUACCCCUGGUUUAGCCCUAUUCCCCCUGGUUUAGCCCUAUUCCCCCUGGUUCAGCCCUGUUCCCCCUGGUUUAGCCCUGUUCCCCCUGGUUUAGCCCUGUUACCCCUGGUUUAGCCCUGUUACACCCGGUUUAGCCCUGUUCCCCCUGGUUUAGCCCUGUUACCCCCGGUUUAGCCCUGUUACACCCGGUUUUGCCCUGUUACACCCGGUUUUGCCCUGUUACACCCGGUUUAGCCCUGUUACACCUGGUUUAACCCUGUUACCCCUGGUUUAGCCCUAUUCCCCCUGGUUCAGCCCUGUUCCCCCUGGUUUAGCCCUGUUCCCCCUGGUUUAGCCCUGUUCCCCCUGGUUUAGCCCUGUUCCCCCUGGUUUAGCCCUGUUACACCCGGUAUGGCCUGUUGCCCCUGGUUUAGCCCUGUUCCCCCUGGUUUAGCCCUGUUCCCCCUGGUUUAGCCCUGUUACACCCGGUAUGGCCUAUACCCCCUGGUUUAGCCCUGUUACACCCGGUUUAGCCCUGUUCCCCAUGGUUCAGCCCUGUUCACCCGGCUCAUGCAGGGCCAAACCCAAUACGACAACGUUACAGAACGUUGUUACAUUUCUGUCUGCCAACUUUGUAUCUGCAACAAUACACCCGUGGGCCACGUUCAUUAGGAAAAACGUUAUGGAGCAAAUAGAAAUGUAAUGAAUAGAGCUGAUGAUGUGAUUCUGUAUUGUACAUGUCCGAGGUAUGUGUGUUCUAUGUCAUGUACACUACAUAGCCAAAAGUAUGUGAACACCCAUUUAAUUUAGUGGAUUCAGCUAUUUCAGCACACACCCGUUGCUGACAAGGGGAAUAACUUUUCGGCCCUGCUAGAGCUGCCCCCGGUUAGCUGUAAGUGCUGUUAUUGUGAAGGGGAAACGUCUAGGAGCAACAAUGUCUCGGCCGCAAAGUGGUAGGCCACACAAGCUCACAGAACGGGACAGCAGAGUGCUGAAGCGCGUAGGGCGUAAAAAUCGUCUGUCCUCGGUUGUAACACUCACUACCGAGUUCUAAACUGCCUCUGGAAGCAACGUCAACACAAUAACUGUUUGUUGGGAGCUUCAUGAAAUGGGUUUCUAUGACCGAGCCCCAGCACACAAGCUUAAGAUCACUGUGUGCAAUGCCAAGCAUGGCUGGAGUGGUGUAAAACUCAACACCAUUGUCUCUGGAACAGUGGAAACGCUAAGGGGCUCGGCCAGUGAAGGGAAAUAGUUCCAGUGAAGGGAAAUCUUAACCCUAUUGUAUACAAUUCAAUUCUAGACGAUUCUGUGCUUCCCACUUUGUGGCAACAGUUUGGUGAAGGCCCUUUCCUGUUUCAGCGUGACAAUUCCCCCGUGAGGUCCAUAUAGAAAUGGUUUGUUGAGAUCGGUGUUGAAGAACUUAACUGGCCUGCACAGAGCCCUGACCUCAACCCAAAUCGAACACCUUUGGGAGCCAGGCCUAAUCACCCAACAUCAGUGCCUGACCUUACUAAUGCUCUUGUGGCUGAAUGGAAGCAAAUCCCCGCAGCAAUGUUCCAGGUGAGCAGGUGUCCACAUACUUUUGGCAAUGCAGUGUGUAUUUUUACCUGAACGUUCCACAACAUUGUUUCCAACUGUUUCAAAGGAUCAAUAUAAACACACACGAUGUCCGAUCACUGGAGGUGGGUUAUAUACAGUAGUUAAUUUAAAUAUAUUUAUUUUUAAUCUUACAAAAAUGUAUUAUAAAAAAAAAACUUGUUUUCGAUUUUUUUGUUAUGGGGUACUGUAUGUAGAUUUAGCCCUGAGGAAAACAUUUAAUUUAAUCCAUUUUAGAAUUAACGUAAAAUAAAAUGUGGAACGUUAAACGAAAUGUGUGUUACAAAAAGAAAAGGGAAGGGGUCUGUCUGUAUACUUUCUGAAUACACUGUAUGUCGCUUUCAAGGAAGACCGUUCCAACUACUGUUAGAAGAACAAAAAACAUGUUUAAUCAUUGUUUUUCUGUUUUAGAUACAUUCACCUUUGACCCUCCCUCCCUCUCGCCCUCCCUCUCGCCCUCCCUCUCGCCCUCCCUCUCUCCCUCCCUCUCUCUCUCCCUCCCUCCCUCUCUCCCUCGCUCCCUCCCUCCCUCCAUAACCUGUCACAGAGUAAAAACAGAUGUCUGUCUGUGAAACCGGCUCUCGGUAAUACUGUGAACCACCCCUUAAAUAAAUAAUCUCUCACAGUUAUUAGCAUUUGGCACAUCACAACGAUCCACACCAUUGUGUACUGUCUUCUGUAGAUUAAUUACACAUUUGGUAUAAUGGGAAAUGUAUGGAUUAUAUCAAAAGAGAGAGAGGAGUUUAAAAUGUCAAGCAAUUACUGUUUGUGUAUAUUAUCUCACUCAGAUAACAAGCUGAACCC